UCCAACUCAACUAGUACCUUCCCAAAACACCCUUCACGUCAUGGAAAAUUACAACGCAGGCCACCGGCGAGCUUUGACUCGUGCCCAGGAACAUGAAAUCAUGGUCUCCACCCUCACGCAGGUAAUCAACGGCGAACGACCUUCCACGUCAGUGUUUGCUUCAAGUAGUCGGACCGACAAUGUGUUUAAUUGCAGCGACACGUGUGUUGCUAUGCAACUCAACGGUAAUAAUGAGUAUUUCAACAGCAUUUUCCCGCCAAGCCAACAAAGACAUCAGCAGCAACAACUGCCACCCAGGGCGCAGUCAAACAGGAGAAACAAGAGGACGCAUUACAGGGGAGUACGGCAGAGGCCGUGGGGGAAAUGGGCGGCGGAGAUUCGAGACCCGAAACGGGCUGUUCGGGUUUGGCUGGGGACUUUCGACACGGAGGAAGCUGCUGCCAGGGCUUAUGACAGGGCGGCUGUCGGGUUCCGUGGAGAUAAAGCAAAGGUCAAUUUCCCACUGUCAGAUUACAAAAAGGAACGAGAAGAAGAAGAAGAAGAAGAAAAGAAGAAAGAAAUUCCAGAAGAGAAAGAUAACAGCCAUGAAGAAAAAGGACAGAACAGUAAAGAAAAGGAUGAUGAAGAAUGGCAAAUAUUUUCAGAUGAAGAGUUUAGGGAGCUAAUGAUGAUGGAUUAAUGGCUGGCUCGCUUUUGUUAGGCAGGGAAGAGGAUGGCACACUGGUUUAGUUUUAUUAAUCACGUGUUUCUAUAUAAAUGCGUUUAAGGUCAACUUUUAUAAGUUAGAUAAUGAGAAUCCUGUUGAAGCUAAUACUUGCAUGCAACCUGCAAUGGCAGUUUAACACUUGUUCAAACUCAACUUAAGUCCUUAACAGCUAUUACUCAUCUCAGCUCUUGUAUUUACGUGUUGUCAUACAUGCUUAGUUCUUAAUGUAUUUUAACAUUUGUCUUAUACUUGUGACCAAGUGUUGUAGGCUAUUAUUCACGUAUGAGUCUAUUGUACUUAAAUAGCUUCAGCAACUAAUAAUGAA